AGAAUCAAAAGCAAAGUCUCCAUAUACGCGACAGGUCUGUCACAUUGUGGGAGAGGCAGUCGUCGCUCACCAACAGCCACGCGCCCAAUCGUGACACCACAGCCAGCUGUACCAGCACCGUUGUGGAACCAGCAAAUCUGCUCUCAGGAGUCAACAUGCAUACGGUCCAUCCCCUGUCGAUUGUGACUUCACUUCUUUGCUGCGUGGUGAUGGAGGAUGUCGAGACGAACGGACGCCGCAUGCCAAUGACAUGGAGCCUGUUCCCAUCACCCGAGUGGACCGCCUCCAGUCCUCUCCCGCAUGCAAUCCUCGCACGGGACGGACAUGGCUGCGCUCCACGGUUUCUGUCUAAUAGCAGGGGAGAGUUGCUUGUGCAAGCCAUAUGUAAUAAAGGGCCGCGGCCUGCGUGUGUGGCACGUCGACCGUCACCACCAGAGUACGCGGGCCUAAUCACAAAGGCAGCUGUUGACGAUUUGGGAUGGGUGAAUCAACGCGCUACCGCUUCACACAAGCUGGGCAGCCACACCACAAAGAAGAACCCUGGUGUCGAGCUGGACCCUAGGCCUGUCGUUCAUGUUGAUGGCUUGCUGCCGAUUGUGGAACCUGGUACGUGCACGCUGAGCAUAUACAUCUACGCUGAUGGAGGCAUGAAUCAAUUUAGCAGAGGACUGAAGAUCCCUUUCAUCUUUGGACGUUUGAAAGGGACGUGAUGGAAAAUCGUAUCAUCACGGUGAUGAACGCAGUCACUGUUUGCCGCCAAUUUCAAAUCCUGACACUGGCAAUGUCUG